GCCGUGUUAUUUUUGUUUGGUUCUUUCCUUUUAAGGGAAUGCCCCGUUUUCCCUCCAAUGUGCCCCGUGGAAAUAAUUCAAAUCCCAACCUUCCAGUGUUCCUCAAACCCAGCCUCUAACGUUUCGGCCACGCUCCGCUGAGUUCUCUCCCCAACAUAGAGCAAUGCUCUCAAGAUCCACGGCAUCCCAGCUUAUCUACGCCGCUUCCGGCGACGACGACGAUUUUCAAAUUCCCCCAACUCAAACCCUUUCAGCUUCCCUAAAACCUAACUCACACAAAACUCCCCUUAAACCUUCCAACCCUCCCCACCCUUCUUUCAAGAAACGCAACCACGCCGCUAACUCUGGGAAAGAAAACGCCGUCGUUUCCACCGUUCCAGCAACUCGAUCCGACGAUCUCCCCGUUCUUCGCGAUAUUUGCGGCUUGGAUUUAAUACCUUCCAGCAUCGAUUCUAGUUUUGAUUCGACCUCUGCUCAAAAUAAGGAAUCUGAUACUGUAAAAUGUGACGAGAAGAAAAUGGAGUCAUUGGAAUUGACUAAAGGUUAUAUGUGUAAUUCAGUAGAGUCGAGAUUGAUAAGGCCGAUAUCAGAAUUAAGCGAGGGAUUCUGUGAAGUUUGCGAGGAAGAUGAGGAGCUUGAUGAGUUACUUAAGCUAUGCGAUGAAGUGGAAGAAAAAGAAGAAGAAACGUCUCGAGAAGAAGAAGAAGACAAUGGAAUUGAACAGGAAAGAAAUGCUGAAGACAAUGGUUCAGUUCCGUGUCCGCUUUGUGGGGUUGAUAUUUCGAAUUUGAAUGAAGAGCAGCGGCUAGUUCACACCAAUGGUUGUCUCGACAAGGUGGAGAAUCCGCCUCCAAAAGUUGUUAUUCCUUCUAGUGUUGACAGUGAGCUUCAUAGCCUUCCUGAGGUUGUAGAUGGUCCCCUUUUGUCUCCUCGACAAGUUGUUGAUGUCUCCCCUGUUGUUAAUUGGUUAAGUGGUCUUGGUUUAGCAAAAUAUGCCGCAGCUUUUGUCCAAGAAGAGGUUGAUUGGGACACUCUAAAGUGGUUGACCGAAGAGGAUGUGUUCAGCAUAGGUGUUACUGCACUUGGCCCUAGGAAGAAGAUUGUGCAUGCUCUUAGUGAACUCAGAAAAGGAGGCUCAUGUGCAGCUGAGCCACAUUUGGAUCAUCCCAAACAUGAAAAAGGAUCAGCCAAAAGCAACAAAAGAAAGAUGCAAACCAAGCUUUCUAAUGUUGCAGACGAUGAAACUACUAAACCAGCUGCAAACAAGUUAAUUACAGAUUAUUUUCCUGGCUACGUUUCUGAUAGGAAGAAAGUUUGCACUCCAACAAGAGGGCAGAAUAGAUCUGACAAAGGUCAAUCAAGUGCUGGUCGAAGACCUGUGCAGAAAAAUAAUGUUAAAAAUGGAAAACUAAAAGACAUUCCUUCAUGGUGUUGCAUUCCUGGGACACCAUUUCGAGUGGAUGCUUUCAAAUACCUUAGAGGAGAUUGUUCCCACUGGUUUCUCACGCACUUCCAUAUGGACCAUUAUCAAGGUUUAACAAAGUCUUUUCGUCAUGGUAAAAUUUACUGCUCCUCAAUCACAGCACGGCUUGUAAACUUGAAGCUUGGAAUCCCAUGGGCAAUGUUGCAAGUUUUACCCCUCAAUGAAAAGAUCAAUAUUUCUGGUAUUUACAUAACAUGCUUGGAUGCAAAUCACUGCCCAGGAUCCAUCAUGAUACUCUUUGAACCACCUAACGGUAAGGCUAUUCUACACACAGGAGAUUUUCGCUAUAGUGAGGAAAUGGGAGGCCUGUCUCUUUUGCAUGCUUGUCCUAUACAUACUCUCAUCCUUGAUACAACUUACUGUAAUCCUCAGUAUGACUUCCCGAAGCAAGUAGCUGUUAUACAGUUUGUCAUUGAGGCAAUCCAAGCAGAGGCAUUCAAUCCUAAGACACUUUUUCUAAUUGGCAGCUAUACAAUUGGAAAGGAAAGGCUAUUCUUGGAGGUUGCACGUGUCCUUCGUAGAAAGGUUUACAUCACUGCAGCAAAGCUCCGUCUAUUGGAAUGCUUGGGGUUCUCCAAGGAAGACAUGCAGUGGUUCACAUCUAACGAUCAGGAAAGCCAGAUCCAUGUUGUCCCUAUGUGGACACUUGCAAGCUUCAAACGACUGAAACAUAUAUCCAAUCAUUAUGCGCGUCGAUUCAAUCUAGUAGUUGCUUUCUCUCCCACGGGUUGGACCUUUGGUAAGGGAAAAAAGAAAUCUCCAGGGAGAAGGUGGCAGCAGGGUACCAUCAUAAGGUACGAAGUACCAUAUAGUGAGCAUAGCAGCUUCACUGAGCUCAGAGAAUUUGUGAAACUUGUAUCUCCAGAAAACAUAAUACCAAGUGUAAAUAACGAGGGACCAGAUUCUGCUAAAGCCAUGAUAUCCCAUUUGCUACCUUGAUUUGUUCUCUACUUGAUCUCUCAAGUAGCAGCACUAUAUCUUUUGCUCUGGUUGCUGCAGUUGCACGGUUACAAAGAGAUGGAAUGGGUUGAACAUCCGAUUUCACCCCUGUUAUUAUUGGUUUUCAAGGCAUGGUGCAAGGUAAAACUAAUUUAUUUCUUGAACUCAUUAAAUUGUAAACAUUUAAGCAUGUCUUAUAGUUCAAGAAUCACACGCUUAAAUGCAAAUAAAUUAUUAAAAAAAUAGAAAAAAAAAUUUAAUCA